AUGAAAAUUAAGCCAUUGCAAAAGCCUUCAACUGUAGAAGCAGAAGAUGAUGGCGAUGCAGAGAAGAGCUUCUUCUGCCAUAAUUCUUUCCAUUGCUCAGUCUCAGGAAGCAGCAGCGGCUUCAUCAGUGGCAAAGUUGAGAGUUCUUCUGGAAAAGCUCUGAAAUUUCAACCGGGAUUGAGGAAUGAUAUUAAUAAUGUCGACAGUCUUGAUGAUGCUCUGAGCUUGUACCGGCAGAUGGUCCGGAUGAGGCCUCUGCCUUGUGUUAUUCAGUUCAAUCAAUUGCUGGACCGUAUUGUUAAGAUGAAGAAUCAUUAUGUAUCUGCUAUUUCCCUUUUUAGAGAUAUGUGUGUCAAGGGCAUUCCUGCUGAUGAGGUCACCCUCAAUGUUGUGAUUAAUUGUUACUGCCUCUUGGGUCGAGUGGAUUUGGGGUUUCCUGUGUUGGCUGCUUUCAUGAAGCGUGGUCUUGUCCCUAAUGUAGUCACCUUUAGUACUCUACUCAAAGGACUCUUUCGAGAAUAUGGGGUCCCCCAGGGACAAGAAUUGUUUAAGAAGAUAAUAUUCGAAAAACUUUGCGAGCCCAAUGAAGUUAUGUUUCUGAUUGUGAUAGAUGGGCUUUGUAAGGUGGGGAACAUUCAAACGGCCAUUGAAUUCCUAAGAGUCAUGGAAAAAAGAAGAAGAUGUAAGCCCACCGUUUAUGUGUACAGUACAAUCAUUGACAGCUUGUGCAAGGAUAAAAUGGUUGAUGAAGCUCUUGCCCUCUUACAGGAGAUGAUUGAAAAGGGCAUUCCCCCGAAUGUUGUCACUUACAGUUGUUUGAUUCAAGGUCUGUGCAACUUAAGCAGAUGGAGGGACGUUGACAAGCUCUUUUCUGAGAUGAAGGUUUAUAAAAUUGUUCCGAAUGUUAUUACUUUUAGUAUAGUGGUGGAUGCACUAUGUAAGGAAGGGUGUAUAGAAGAUGCUGAAGAGGUAGUCCGGAUCAUGAUCCAGCAAGGUCAAAAUCCCGACCUGGUCACAUACACUUCCUUAAUGAAUGGGUACUUUUUACAGAGCCGAAUAGAUGACGCAAGGAGAGUUUUCGAUACCAUGGUUGCUAGCGGCUUUACACCCAAUCUCCAUAGCUAUGGUAUUCUAAUAAAUGCCUAUUUCAAGACCAAGAAAUUGGAAGCAGCCAUGAAGCUCUUUCGAGAGAUUCCACAUAAAGGUUUAACACCUGAUAUUGUUAUUUAUAACACUGUGUUGCACGGGUUAUUUAGUUCAGGAAGGUAUCUUAGUGCACGAGAAAUUUUCAAUGAGAUGCAAGCUUCUGGCAUGAAGCCUGAUUUUCCCACUUACUGUGUGGUACUGGAUGGAUUAUGCAAGACUGGACAUAUCGAUGAAGCAUUGCAGUUAUUCCAUGAAAUGGAAACUGAUGGAACAAAUCUUCACAUAAAAAUGUACAAUAUCAUCAUUGAUGGGUUGUGCAAAAGCAGGAGGCUCGAUAGUGCUCGAGAUCUUUUCAACAAUCUCUCCCUUAAAGGAUUGGACCCUAACGUCACAAUAUACAACACCAUGAUUUCUGGCCUGCUUUCAGAAGGUCUGCUCAUCGAAUCUAAAGAGCUCAUUGGAAAAAUGGAAGAGAAGGGUUGCUUGGCAAAUAGUGUUACAUACAAUGUCAUUCUGCAAGGACUCCUUAAGGGAGGUCAUUAUGAUGAUGCAGUGGUCUAUUAUGAAGAAAUGGUUCACAGAGGAUUCUUGCUGGAUGCAUCUACGUUUUCCCUUUUACUUGAUUUAUCUGCUGAGAAUCAGAACAAUCCUUCUGUGCUAAUGUUGAUGCUGAAGAUUGAUCCCGAUAGCAAGAAGUUCAUAGAUGGGGAACGAAGAGGACCUUCACAUUAGUUGCAACAUGUUGGUCCUGCCAUUUAUUUUGGCCUUUGAACUUUAAUUUGCUGGAACUAACAUUAUUUAGGUUUGAAUUGGAUCCUGUUGUCACUUAUCAUCUUUGAUGCAACUGAGCCUUAGAGGAGAUCUCUUGGUCAUAUUUUGUGAAACACCUCCAAGGUCUUUAGUUUGGUGGAGAAGCUGCAUUGCUUAGGGAAGUUCAAUUGACAAGUGUGGCAGAUCAAAGAAAUCUGCUGCUGUUAAUUGGAUUUGUACCACUUCUUCUAAGGGACUUCUUGUUGACCUUUCCAUGGAGAACCUCAGUGUGGCAUAUCACUUAAAUGGUAACUUGUACAGGUUCUUUUUGUUCAUUUUUCAUGCGUGUCAGUAAUUUAGCUUGCCUGUCAAUUUUACUUCGGAUAACUAAUUUUGAUUUUAUUGGAAAUAAGAAACGAAAUGGCAUAUGCAUAUAAAGUUUGUGACUUUGAAUUUCUAGAGAAGUUUUAAGCUGCAUUUCUGUAAUUUUGAGAAAACUUUUUCUAAGAUAAAAUUGUUACUUUUAUUUUAAUUCCUAAAUGGUGCCAAAGGUGCAGCCAGUUUGAAAGUGUAAAAACUUUCUAGACCAGUUUCUUGCUUUGGAUUCACAGUUUGAGGUCCCAUAAAUGGGCAUGGUUAUUGAUUUGUUUUAACUGCGUUUGAGUAAACCCAAACUUUUUACGUAUGAUCCAAAAAAAGUGUUCUGAUCACUUCCUGUUUAAUUGUCAAUGCUGUACUAAAUUAUACAGACAUUCAGUAGAAGUGUAGCAAAAAUAUCGUUCCUUUGCAGUAACCUUGAAUAGUUCAUCCAAGAAACUCUCCGUCCUUUUUUUUUAAACAAAUCCAUGUGUUGUUUAGUUGUUUAUUGACAAUAGGCUUGAUUAUUGGAUUCUUUAAUAUUAAUAUUUGGUUUUUCCUGAGUUGCAAUAAUAACUAAAGAAUAGGUUUUUAUUGCACAGUUGCUAUUGGGUCACCAUCUGCAAUAAAACUAAGAAAUAGAAAAAGUGUCUUACUGGCACUUCACAAUGGUAAUAAGUUCCAUAUCUAUUGGUGGAACAGGGGAGCAGUGGAAUUUGUAUCGCAGGGUGUGAAGAUUUGACGUCAGCUCAGACUUGAUAGAGACAAUUUAUUAGGUAUUGAAACGUAUGGAAAUAGUUGUGAAGAAUUUUAUAUGAAAGGAAUUGGCUGAAGUUAUCAAGACUAAUUUUUUAAAUCAGGGAAGAUUUUUUAACUUCAAACCACGUCUUAGAUAAGUUAGUUCAAAUUGAAUUGUGAGAAAAUUUAGAGCAAGUCUUAAUUUUAAUUUAUUUUAUUUUAUUUCUCAGUGACAAACAUUGAAUGACAAGUCUUGCAUUGAAGUUUUAUGCAAGAGAUCUGUUUUACAACGGUUCAAAAUCAUGUUCAUUAACUGUCCUAUGGACAACUUAAUUAUCUUUUCUAAUAGCUUUAGAGGAGGAUUCCCAAUUUUAGACGGAAAAACUAAUCUUGUUUCUGAAUGCAGGAAAAAAGUUUGUGAUAAAACUUUUCUAUAAAUGGGAUUUUUGUAGUAGCAUCUAUUCUGCGUAGCUGGUUCAGUUUGUGAAGAAUUUUGUCACAAUAUUCAUUCCUACAGUAUGCGGUAAAUUUGAAUUAUUUACUGGGAAGAUAUGCAGCAUAGAAUGGAAAUAGUGAAUGUGUAUCUUGAAUACCAGUAACCAUUUUUUGUUUGUCAUAAAAUUGUUUGACAAGGUAUUAUUGGUCACUGAGGUGGAAUUGGGAGAUAUUCAUUGUUUUUGCUAGUUAUGAUUGGGCAUGAUCUGCAGUGAUAUGAAUGAUCUUUCAGUAAUUGUAAAGUAUCUAUUUGUGCCUGUAAUAGACGUCAAACCUGGAGAAAAAGGCCUGGACUGAUGUGCUAGAAAAGAAUUUCUUUUGAUACAGCACAUGGCCUGGAGUACCUGCAUGAGCAUUGCAAUGGUAAAAUUGUUCACCCUGAUUUAAAGCCUGGAAACAUCCAUCUGGAUGAUAACUUGGAAGCUUUCUUCGGUGGAUACAAAAUUAUCAGAUUGCAACUUGAGUCCAGGGAACUAUGGGACACAUUGCCCCUGAAUAAUUGUAUGUUCCUGCUGUGGUCUUAUCGGUGCAUUAAUGAAAUGGGUAAAUACCUUGAUUAGUGGUGUUGGAAUAUUUGAACUAGCUUAAUUGAUCUCUUUAUUUGACUUUUUUGUCAAAGUUUACACUGUUGUCAAAGUGUUAUCAGUAACCUUGAGUGAUUGCAAUUUGCAAACUAAUCUUUGUGUAUGGCAGACUUCGUUUCUUCAUCAGUCAAUUAGUAGGUCUUGGUUAUUGAGUUGGUUGCCUCUAGUUCCAGUUCUAAUUAUAUUGGAAAGUUCCUUGUAGUGUUUGAGUUGGUUGUCUUACUGUAGUAGUUGCUUAUAUCUAGUGGGGCUGCUGCAAUUUUGUCUACACAAGAUAGAGCCUUCAUGGCACCCACCAAGUUGCAUCUUAAGGAAACCCCAAUCUGGAUGAACUUUGGUCUAACAUCCAAUCCAACACCAGUUUUAAGUUGAAAGACAUUUGUCCUGAGAUACCGGUCCAAACCAUUUGUGAAUUGGAUUUGAAUUUGGUUUGUUGUUGGACCAAGUUCAUCUAAAUGUGAGCUGGAAUGGAUAUGCAGUGCUUUUUUGAAGAAUUUCAUGCAUUUCUGCUUGUAAAUAUGCGUCCGCUAGUUGAAACUAAGUUGCUGAAUGAUUACUUGUCCAGGACAUUUGCAUGUCUGUUGUUUAGCUUUCACAAUUCUGCUUGAUUCUUCCUUCCUUUAAUACUGCUGUCAGUUAUAGUUUGUCUUUGACCAUGGAAAGGCAUAUAGUUUGUGUGAUUGUGAUGACUGAUAUUCAUCCUGCAAGUUUGGGGUGUUUUAUUUAUUUAUUUUUUGGCCCCCUUUUAUAAUGAGAAGAGUUCUAGAAUUGAAAUCUUGAUGCAUUUCAGUGGUUUAUUUUAUUAUCUUUAUUUUCUUAUGUUUAAAAGAGGUGAGGGUCAUAAAUGUGUCGUGAAAUUCACACUGGUUUCUUUUGGGAAUGUCUUGGAUGGAUUGAGUUUUAGAUAAAAGGCGGUUGUCUGGUUGUCCUUGAAUCCUCAGAGUUUGUGUUUCCCCUUGCUUGCAGAAGCUAUUGCUUCUUUUCUUCUUUAGAGGAUUGAAUAACAAUUUGACAUCCUGAUUCCUGUAUACUGCGAAAGUUUGGCAUUCUGGCAACUAGAUCUGUUUAACUAUUUUUGGAGGCAGUUGCCAUAUUUUACAUCAUAUGACUACAAGUUAUAAUUGUCGAUAUUUGUGCAAUCAGGUGUUCAGUCAAUCUUUAGCUUGGAGGGAGUGAAAAAGGGUGACUAAUUAAUACUUAAGGCUAUUAUUCUUCUGUAUGUACUAUAUCAUGUCUGCAUUUUAUUGCAUUGUGAUCUUUUUCUUCCUUAGCUUUUGAUUGUACGUAAUUUCUGAACACUAGAACCAACCAUGCUGGAGUUGUACAACUACAGAGAACAUAGAACAUAGACUGUCGAGUGUUGUUUCACUGAAGCUAACAUUCGCAAGGGUUACUACAUUCUGUUUCAAGCUGCUAACAAUUUUCCUGCAAUGAUCAAACCUUAUUGCUGA